UUAACUUCUGAGAUUGAUUAAGGAAAAUAUUGUGUUCACAUCAAACUAAAUGAUAAUUUUUACUAAGAACAUAAUUAAAUUCAAUUUCACACAAUGUGGGAAGAAUGUUUAUGUUUACAUCCACUUGGUAGUAAAAUAUUUAUGGAUUGUACAAUUAUUGUAUUUCGAUUGAUGGAUACUUAAGCAUAUCAAACCUGCACUUUAUGAAGAGAGGAGUGGAAAAUUUGUCUGAUGGGGCACAAGCUUUUUCAAGAAAACAUCCACUGUCAUGUUGGCUAUCUUAUAUGCUAGUGGUUUAUGCCGGUGGAAUGGUAGCAAAUGGUCUGUUGGCUGAACCUAUUCUAGCCCCACUGAAAAAUACACCACAACUUGUUGUAGCAACUCUCACUUGGUAUGUAAUUUUCUACACACCUAUGGAUAUUGGUUAUAAGCUGGCUAAAUUUCUACCUGUGAAAAUAGUAUUUUCGGCAAUGAAAGAAAUCUACAGAUGCAAAAAAGUACAUGAUGGUGUUACUCAUGCAGCAAAACUAUAUCCAAAUGCAUACCUUAUUAUGAUCAUCGUAGGAACACUGAAAGGCAACGGGGCUGGUUUCACCAGGCUUAUUGAAAGAUUAAUUAGAGGGGUUUGGACUCCAACUGCAAUGGAAUUUAUGCAACCAAGUUUUUAUACCAAAGCAUCCCUUGUGGCAUCCAUCAUCUUUAUACUUGACAAAAAAACAGAAUUAAUAUCAGCGCCACAUGCUUUAGUUUACUUUGGUAUUGUAAUAUUCUUUGUAUAUUUCAAAUUGUCAUCUAUACUCCUUGGAAUUCAUGAUCCUUUCAUACCUUUUGAAAAUUUGACUUGCGCAUUAUUCUUUGGAGGAAUAUGGGACAGUUUAGCCAAGAUAUUAGGCAGAAACCAACUCAAAGAAGGGGACACGAAAGAUACAAAGAAAUUGAAUUGAUGAAUGGACACAUCAAAUGAAAAAAUUUGACUAAGUGCGGAAAGCCAAAUUUUUCUUUAUCAGUAUGACCAAAGACUAAUGUUGCAUUUUGAAUGUGACUGAAUUGUCAAUCAGUUCUUAUUAUUGUACCAAAAUAUUUAUUUAUAAAAUAAACGUUAAGUUUCAAGUUUAAAA